AAUCAUUUUUUUCUUUGUUAUAAAAUUCGAUCGGGACAAAUGGUUUUGUCUCCGUCUUUAUGUAAAGUAUCAAUUUCAAAAGUUUCAACAUGUUAACAUGGCGAAUAAAAAAACUAGCUGUGAAAAAAUUUAUGAACGUAGAUGAUAAGGAUGAUAGAUAAGGCAGUCGAUAUGUAUUGCAACAGAACUUCUCACUCACUAUCCGUGCUUCCAAAUACUUGGUCUCAUCGUCAUUGAUGCACUUGUGAAACAUUAAAUUCCUCCAAACCGCGAUCCGAGAUUUAAAUCGCAAGAUGCCGGUCGACGCGUACAAGAUCACGCAUUGCUUAUUUGAUAUGGACGGUUUGUUGCUCGAUACAGAAUAUCUAUACACCAAGGCCUUCAAUCGUACCAUCAAUCGUUACGGCAAGGAGUUCACGUGGGAACAUAAAGCGCAUGUGAUGGGUUUCAAGAGCAAUGACGUUGCUGGCUAUAUAAUUGAAGAGUUAGAUUUACCAUUAACGCCCGAAGAAUUCAAGCAAGAAAUUACUGAGAUCUGUCAGGAAUUGUUUCCACGCACCAAACCCAUGCCAGGCGCUGUACGGCUCUUGAAGCAUCUAAAAGAGAACAACGUUCCAAUGGCGUUAGCUACAAGUUCCGGUCGAGAGACUUACGAGUUGAAAACCAGUCAUUGGCAUGAUCUCUUUGAGCUCUUCCAUCACAAAGUGAUCGGCGGCUCGGAUCCCGAGGUUGUACACGGAAAGCCGGAACCCGAUAUAUUUCUCACGGCUGCCAAGCGCUUCCGCGACAAUCCGGAUCCUUCAAAGUGUUUGGUCUUUGAAGAUGCACCAAACGGUGUGAAAGCGGCAUUGAACGCCGGAAUGCAGGUCGUCAUGGUACCAGAUCCGAUGCUUCCCAAACAUUACACGAGCGAAGCAACUUUGGUUCUGAAUAGUCUUGAGGACUUUCAACCAGAGAAAUUCGGGCUACCGCCAUAUGUGACAUAAUAUAUUUUUUUUCCCCGAUUUAUCAUGCGUUCGCGUGUGUAUGGGUAUGCGAGAUAUGGAUUCGUGCGGAUAGGAUAUGUAUACCGUUCAUAUUAUCUCGGAAUACAUAAGAAUAAAGAUAAUUUAAUGAAAA